AAUAUACGUAUAAUAACCUCAAAUUUUAAUGUUAUUGUUGCAAUUGUAUUUAAUUUUAUUAUAUAAUGUCGGCAUUAAAACGGGUGCAGCAAUGGGCCACUUUUGCAAGAGUUUGGCAUCUGUACGACGCUGCAUGGCAAAAUCCAUUCAAUUCAGCAAAAGUUAUAAAAAAAUAUUUAAUGGGAAUGCACAAACCGAUAUAUCACCCACUAAAUGAUUGUGGGGAUGUGGUAGUGGUUAUUAAUAGUGCUGAUAUUGCAUUACCUGGUGAUGAAUGGAAAAAAAGAGUAUAUUUCCACCAUACAGGAUAUCCAGGUGGUGCUUCAUGGACUCUAGCUUGGGAGUUACAUAAUAAAGAUCCAACAAUGGUGCUUAAAAAAGCAGUCUAUAACAGCAUGGAUGGUAACUUACAAAGACGGUACACGAUGCAGAGGUUAUUUAUUUUCCCCGAUUCCAAUGUUCCCAAUGAUUUAAUGGAGAAUAUUUCAAAUCAAAUUAAGCAAAUAAGGAAAGUACCAAAGAGACUUGAUAAAUAUUCUGAAAAAGAAGUAAAAGAAUUUCCCAAAAUUAUUGAUUACCCAAGGGAUUAUAUUGUACGAUAAAUUAGUUGUGUGCAAUGAACUUUUGAAUAUUUUCUUUAUAGUAUUAUGUAUUACAAAAACUUGGUAUUCAUAUAAUUUCAUGUAUUAGACUUAAUUAUUUAAGUGGUAAGCUCUUAUCUACAAAGCUGGGUGUAAAGAGAAAGACAAAUUGAUAAAUUGAAAUUAUACAGUGCAUUGCUACAGAAUUUACCAAUGAUCAGUUUAUUCUUGCACUAUGCCUGAUGCGUAUUUCUUUGUCUUAACAACCGAAAAAAUAGCUUUUAUUGACUUACUCGCUAUUUUUUAGCAAUGUAGGCAAGGGCUUGCUGUAGAUGAAACCAAUCAUGUUGAAAAACCAAAAUCUGUUUUAAUGUAAUUAAUCAGUAAAAAGUUUCUGCACAUUCA